UGUUGUAGAGGUUGCCGGGCGGAAAAAAAAACAACCAUUAAAAGCAACUGUCACGUUUUUCAUCAAAACAUUUAACAACGUUCGUUUUCUUCAUCUACUUCUAAAUUAUCAGUAUGUCAAGUCGCGAAGGCGGUAAGAAGAAGCCCCUCAAGCAACCCAAGAAAGAAUCGAAAGAGAUGGAUGAGUCAGAUGUUGCCCAUAAGCAGAAACUGAAGGAGCAGCAGAAGGCUCUUCAGGAAGCCAAAGCCAAGGCUUCCCAGAAGGGACCUUUGGUUGGCGGCGGGAUUAAGAAGUCAGGGAAAAAGUGACACACAGAGGAAUCCGAAGUCAUGUCAUUACUCAUUCUCAUACCGAUAUUUGUAAUAAAAAAACUGCAAUGUAAAAUCUCGCAUCAAUAAAGUCAUCUCGUUCCCCA